CGCCUCGCUGUAGCGCCAGACCCGGCCUUCGCUCGCUCGCUCGCUCGCUCGCUCGCUCGCCCGCCCGCUCGUCGGUACCUGCUCCCGGUGGCCCUGAAGGCGGCGGACCAGGGGCGGCCCCAAAGAGUAGGAGGCGGAGGGGGAGCAGGUGUGCUGGUCCAAGUGUUGCGGCGGCGCACUCGCGGCGAGAAUCCGGAGGAGGAGGAGGAGACUGCAAGGAUAGGCCCAGGAGCAAUGGCGUCCAAAGAGAAACAAGUGGUGAAAAGUGUCAACAUGGAAAGUGCCCAGCAGGAAAACGAAAAGAAGAAUGAAAAGGAGCAAGUUGCUAAUAAAGGAGAGUCCUUAGCCCUCCCUUUGGAAGCUGGAGAAUAUUGUGUGCCUCGAGUAAAUCGUAGGCGGUUCCGUGUUAGGCAGCCCAUCCUGCAGUAUAGGUGGGAUGUGAUUCAGUGGCCUGGAGAACCACAGGGAAGGAUGAGAGAAGAGAAUAUGGAAAGGAUUGGGGAGGAGAUGAGACAGCUGAUGGAAAAGCUGAGGGAAAAGCAAUUGAGUCAUAGUCUGCGGGCAGUUAGCACUGACCCUCCUCACCAUGACCAUCAUGAUGAGUUUUGCCUUAUGCCUUGAAUCCUGACGUUUUCCCUGAAGUUAAAUAGGAAGGCACACCUGCUUCCUAAAUUUACAUGUUCUCAAUGUACCUUUGUUGUAAACCUUUUAGUGUUAUAUGUCUCUUAUGGGCCUCCUAUGACCAGCUUCUAAUUGAAUGUUGUAUUUUGACCCAAUCUGUAAGAUUCUGUCAGCAGGGGAGUUUUACCCUAUUGCAUGGCAAGAUGUUCAUUAUAUAUUGUGGAGUUAAUAAAGCAGUUUAAAAGACA